GAGGGGGGAAGGGGGAAGGAAGGGGUCUGUGGGCGGGACCUCCCGGGAUUGGAGUGAAGGGGGUAUCUGCUUGACAGUGGAUCCCCGGGGAUCCGGACUGAGUUCGUGAUGCUCAAGCUCGGGCCGCCCCUGUCUGAGUGGAGCUUUGCGGAGCCCAAACUCACAGGGAGAGGAGGAUCCUCGCGGCUUCUCAUUGGAGGAACCGCGCUGCUGCCGCCUGGGAUCCCCCAGGGACUCCCCGGAGCCGCCGCUUCCCCCAUGGACUUGCCCGGGGACUCCAGUCCACCUGGCCGGCCACGUCUGUGCCGCCAGCCUCUGGCUCGAGCAUUAUGGGGAGCCAGGAGCCCCAAACGGCCGAGACUGCAGUCUCUAGCGGCCCCUUCACCUUUGGAAAAGGCCUCUCGGCGGGUUUUGGCUGUGGUGCUGGAAGAUGUUAUGGCUGCCCACAUGGUUCCCCUGGUGCCCCAAGAAGAGACCCGCACCCCACGGCACCGCAGCAACCAACGGGAUUCUGUCUGCAGCCAGCCACCUGCCUCGCCACCCCAACAGGCCACGUGGUCCUCACAGACCAGGCCUCCCGAGCCACUGGACCCACUGCGCUUAUGCCGAGAGCCCCUGAGCCGCAUCCACCGGCCCUCUUCUACCCUGAGGCGGCGAUCAAGGACAACCCCUGGCCCAGAGGAGGGCCCUUCACAAAAGGUGGACUGGACCCCCCAGCCCACUCUGGUGGUGAUGCUAGAAGACAUUGCCAGCCCAAGACCCCCAGCUGAGGGCUUUGCUGAUGAGACUCGCAACUUCCUCAUCCCAGCGAGAAGAGCUGAGCCCAUGACGAUUGUUCACCAGUCAAUGCCUCCGUCCAGGGACCUGGAUCCCCCAUUCCAGCCAUCUGCCCUGCCUGAAGACCCUCCAGAGACCCCACCACCAGCCCGGGAGCCUCUACUGGAGCCCCCAUCGAUCCCACCGCCGUCCAGCCUUUUACGCCCCCGCCUCAGUCCCUGGGGCUUGGCCCCCCUCUUCCGUUCCGUCCGCUCCAAGCUGGAGAGCUUUGCUGAUAUCUUCCUCACACCCAACAAAGCCCCACGGCCCCCACCCCCAUCACCCCCCAUGAAGUUGGAGUUGAAGAUUGCCAUUUCAGAGGCCGAGCAGUCCGGGGCUACUGAGGACACUGCGUCUGUCAGUCCCCGGCCCCCUAUCCGCCAGUGGCGGGCCCAAGACCACAAUCCCCCCGCCCCUCUGUCUAAGCCCUCUCUGGGCCGAAGCCACUCCUGCCCUGAUCUGGGGCCCCCUGGCCCAGAUACCUGCAGCUGGCCCCCUGCUCCACACCAACCAAGCCGGUCACGGCCCCGGCGGCACACUGUGGGUGGUGGAGAGAUGGCCCGAGCCCCACCACCCCCUCGGCCCUGUCUCCGGAAAGAGGUCUUCCCUCUUGGAGGAGUGGGAGGCUCUCCUCCCCUUGUCACAUCUUGCUCGUCCACCGCAUCUUCUUCCUCCUUCUCUGAACCUGCAGAACCCAGGUUGGGUUCAACCAAGGGGAAGGAGCCAAGGGCCUCAGAGGACCAGGUGCUUUCAGACCCUGAGACCAAGACCAUGGGAAAAGUUUCUCGAUUCAGAAUACGCAGGACACCAGCCCGUUCUCAGCUCAACCUUACACCAAUGGGGCUGCCUCGACCAAUCAGGUUGAACAAGAAGGAGUUCAGCUUAGAAGAAAUUUACACCAACAAGAAUUAUCAGUCGCCUACAACCAGGAGGACCUUUGAGACCAUCUUUGAGGAACCCCGGGAGCGCAACGGGACUUUGAUUUUCACCAGCUCAAAGAAGCUUCGGCGGGCUGUAGAAUUUCGGGACAGCAGCCUUCCUCGAUCCCGGCGGCCCUCUCGUGGGGUCCGGGCUGCAGCUGGCAGGACCCUUACCCCCAGCCUGGCCCCCAGCCCAGAUGUGGGACCUCUGCUGCAGCAGCGGCUGGAGGAGCUGGAUGCCUCACUCCUGGAAGAGGAGGAAGUGGAUGGGGAGCGGCCCCAUCGGACCUAGGAGCUCCAUCUGUUUGUUCAUCCGUCCUGAAGCAUCUGGGGCAGUUAUAUAUUUUUCUCUAUAUUUCUAGUAAAGUUUUCGAUAUGUUUCUGA